AGAUCGGAUCGGCUGUUGAAGCUUAUUAAGAAUAUAUAUACUUUAUGGGGUCGGAGAUGCCUCCUUCUACCUGUUGAAUAAAUUUCCUGCCGGCAUAAAGUUAUAAUACCUUUCUACCCUAUGGGUAGCGGGUAUAAAAAUAUUAUUAUAUUCUAUAACUACAAUAAAAUCUAUAUUUAUGGUUUCAAGUUGUCUUCACUCACUCAGUGUUGCAGAUUUAAAAUAAAACAAGAGGUUAUCAAAAGUUUAAGCAGCAACAAAUUCAAUGACAGAUAGUCUAGUCUGUGACUGCAAAUUCUUUUCAUUCUGCGUUUCAAAAUAAAUAGUAUUCACUCGUUGUUUAGUUGUGACAGGAAUCGGAAUAACAAAUUACAAUGAAUCUUUCUACUUAUACGUACAUACUGACAAUAUUGUUAGUUUUUAAACAAGUGAAUAGCUCGUGCUCCGUUUACUCAAAAGAAUUGGAUGAUCAAUGCAGUACCCAUUGCUAUCAAGUUGUGAAGCCACUUCUACAAUACGUAAACACGGUCCAAUCACCACAGCAUGCAAUCAAUUCGCAAGCAGAUGAAAUAAAGAACUUAAACGAAUUGAUUAAGUCUAGGGACAUACAACAAGCACAGCAAAUCAAAUUGAGUGAAUCGUGUGAAAGUCAAAAUCAAUAUCAAAAGAAACUUAUUGAUCAAUAUGAGAUUCAAUUAACUACAAAAGACAAAGAGAUUAAAGAUUUGCAAUCACAAGUUGUGAAACCAAAAGAAUCUAAAGAAACAUCUAGCUGUCUCGGAAAGUUGACGGAAAUUCAUGAGAUUAGACUUCCUACAGGGCAAUCAAUGAUAGUUCCGUGUGAAUCCAACUUGCUUGAAGCUGGAGCUGGUUGGACUGUUAUACAGAGGCGUAAGGAUAAUGGUUUAGAUUUUCGUCGAACGUGGUCAGAGUAUAAGGAUGGCUUUGGGAAUCUUCGCGGAGAGUUCUUUUUUGGUCUUGAGAAGAUUCAUUUGCUAACACAAUCCCAACCACAUGAAUUGUUUAUAUUUAUUGAAAGAUUUUCGAAUACCACCUAUGCCCGAUAUAGUAACUUUGUCAUUGGUGACGAAAAAGAAUUCUACAAUUUAAAAGAACUCGGAAAAUAUUCAGGCACUGCUAACGAUAGAAUGGAAGGUCACUUGCAUGAAAAGAUAUCAGCAGCAGAUGUGGAGGAUUUUACAUUGAGGAAUUGCGAUUCUUUGAUAUUUGCCAAUUAUUUUCGAAAAUGCUAUUGGUGGUAAUAAUUUAAGAUUCUUGGCA